AAAUUGUCUUUCCCCCAUUUUUCAGCUUCUUCUUCUUCUACUCAAAUUUCUCUGUAAUUUCUCUUUUCUCGCCAUGGAUCCCGUCAAUGCUUGGGGCAAUACUCCUCUCGUAAACGUUGAUCCUGAGAUCUUCGAUUUGAUCGAGAAGGAGAAGCGUCGCCAAUGCCGCGGAAUCGAGCUCAUUGCUUCUGAGAAUUUCACCUCCUUCGCCGUCAUCGAGGCCCUCGGAAGUGCCUUGACCAACAAGUACUCCGAGGGCAUGCCGGGGAACCGAUACUACGGUGGAAACGAGUUCAUCGAUGAGAUCGAGAAUCUCUGCCGUUCUCGAGCUCUCGAGGCUUUCCAUGUCGAUCCGGCCAAAUGGGGCGUUAAUGUCCAGCCCUACUCUGGUUCUCCGGCGAAUUUCGCCGCCUACACCGCGUUGCUUCAGCCGCAUGACCGGAUUAUGGGGCUGGAUCUUCCUUCUGGUGGCCAUUUGACGCAUGGUUACUACACCUCCGGAGGGAAGAAGAUCUCCGCUACCUCGAUUUACUUCGAGAGUUUGCCUUACAAGGUUGAUUCCGCCACUGGAUUUAUUGAUUACGAUAAGUUGGAGGAGAAGGCUUUGGAUUUCAGGCCGAAGUUGAUUAUCUGUGGUGGCAGUGCGUACCCGAGGGACUGGGAUUAUGCCAGAUUCAGGGCAAUUGCUGAUAAAUGCGGUGCCCUUCUGCUCUGUGAUAUGGCUCACAUUAGUGGUCUCGUUGCUGCUCAGGAAGCUGCGAACCCGUUCGAGCACUGUGACGUCGUGACGACCACGACUCACAAGAGUUUGAGGGGUCCUAGGGCUGGUAUGAUCUUCUAUAGGAAGGGUCCAAAGCCCCCUAAGAAGGGUCAGCCCGAGAAUGCUGUCUAUGACUUUGAAGACAAGAUCAACUUCUCUGUCUUCCCAGCCCUUCAGGGUGGCCCUCACAAUCAUCAAAUUGGCGCUUUAGCUGUUGCCUUGAAGCAGGCUAUGUCCCCUGGGUUCAAGGUCUAUGCGAAACAAGUUAAGGCCAAUGCCGUGGCCCUCGGAAAUUACCUGAUGAACAAGGGCUACAAACUUGUCACCGGAGGAACCGAGAACCAUCUCGUUCUCUGGGAUCUUCGUCCUUUGGGAUUGACCGGCAACAAGGUCGAAAAGCUUUGCGACUUGUGCAACAUCACUGUAAACAAAAACGCCGUGUUUGGCGACAGCAGCGCAUUGGCUCCCGGAGGUGUUAGAAUCGGUGCACCGGCCAUGACUUCUCGAGGUUUGGUCGAGAAAGACUUCGAACAGAUUGCUGAGUUCCUGCACCGUGCUGUAACCAUCACCUUGAAUGUCCAAAAGGAACAUGGAAAGCUGUUGAAGGACUUCAACAAGGGUCUGGUAAACAACAAGGAAAUCGAAGCACUGAAGGCGGACGUCGAGAAAUUUUCUGGCUCGUUCGAGAUGCCGGGUUUUCUCAUGUCUGAGAUGAAGUACAAGGAUUAGAAAGCAGACAGACAACAAGAUCUUCGGGAAAAUUAAUAAAGUUUUGGGUGUUGGUUGAAUCUUUAAAAUCAUUUGCUUAAAGUUGAAAAAGUAAAAUGAAAAGAUUGCCGUUUGUUUGUUUGUUUGUUUUCCUUCUUUUACCAAUUUGUAGACUUAGAUUUCCAUUCUCAAUAUAUUCAUUCCAAUAUUUCCAUUUUCGUAU